GUGGGACAUCACAGAGGAAGCUUUGCAACACACCGCAAGAACGUCAGAAAGGACAUUUUAAAGAAGUCCACAAAGAAGAUUUCAGAAGAUUUGCAGAGGGAAACAAAGACAUUAGAUUAAUCUGUGAAGCAGACGAACUAAAGUGAAUAAAUGCUCUGACAGCUUACAAUUUGGAGGUUUCUAAUCAAACAGUCUUGAAAAUAAUCUCAUUGGAACCAUGAAGCUUGAUGGGAUGAUCUUUUUUGCAACAGACAAUGAACAUUUYAACAACUCAACAGGAAGACUACAGCAAACAAAUGCUACAGAUGCAACAGUGUCGGCAUCCGCCUCGUCGGUGCCUCAGGCUGAUGGAGGUGGGACUCAGUGUUUCAUCUGUGCAGACAGGGCCACAGGUAAACACUACGGUGCAUCCAGCUGUGAUGGCUGCAAGGGCUUCUUCAGGAGGAGCAUUCGCAACAACCACACGUACAACUGUAGGUUCAACAGGCAGUGUGUUGUGGACAAAGACAAAAGAAACCAGUGUCGUUACUGCAGACUGCGAAAAUGUUUCAAGGCUGGAAUGAAAAAAGAAGCUGUUCAGAAUGAGCGAGACUGCAUCAUCACUACCAGAGCAAAAGGACAAGCAGUCAGAACCCUGUCCAUCAGUGUGCUGCUGCAGGCUGAGGCCAGCGUGCAACAGUUCCCAGCACUGCCCUCAYCUCACAGUCACGGUAUCAGCACCAAGAAGAUCGCCUGUGUGGGAGACGUGUUUGAGUCAAUGAAGCAGCAACUCCUCCUGCUGGUGGAAUGGGCCAAACACAUCCCAGAGUUCUGUAGCCUUCAGAUUGAUGACAGGGUAACCCUGCUGCGAGCCCAUUCUGCAGAACAUCUUAUUCUAGGGGCAGCAAGGCGCUCACUGCCUUACAGUAAUGUCAUACUUCUAGGGAAUGACUUUGUGAUCCCUCUGAGAGGAGCAGAGUUAGAGGUGUCUCGAGUGGCUCUGAGGAUCCAAGAGGAGCUGGUCAAACCUCUCAGGGAGCUGGACAUCACAAACAAAGAGUUUGCUUGCCUCAGAGCCAUUGUUUUCUUCUCCCCAGACUGUCCGGGGCUCGAGAACCCUCAGGUGAUAAGACAACUGCGUCUCCAGUCCCACGUUCUGCUCGAAGAAUCCACCUGCGGGCAGCGAGGAAGACUGGGGGAACUUCUCCUCAUCCUCCCUCCCCUGCAGAGUGUUGCCUGGCAGAUGGUGGAGACACUCCACUUGGCGCAGCUGCUUGGUGAAGCCAGGAUGGACAGCCUUCUGCAGGAGAUGCUGCUGGGGGAGGGAACCAAAACAGAGCCAUGUAGAGAUGAUGACUUGACUCAAGACCAUGAAAGUAAGCUAAGAGCUUCCCCUGCUAACUUCUCCUUUGGACUCAAUUUAGCAUGUGAGCAUGCACACUUUCACCAGAAUACAGGAAAACGAGCRUCCCGUACGGAACACUUCAAUUAGGUUGAAAAAACGGGAAAUCCCGGCCAAAAUGUCUUUCAGUGAUGACGAAGUUUUAAAAGGAGCGUUUUGAGGCUGCAGGCGUGCUUUUUCAUGAUUUUAAAAAUAAAAGUGAGAUUGUGGCUACUAUUAAGACGAGCAGUUGUCCAGGAUGGAUUUGUGUCCAAAUUCAUGUCUGUGUUUCUGCUGGACGGCUCUGGUGUUGAAAAUGAGGUUUUGACUCUGCAAAAUGAC